UUUUCACACUAUCUGUAACUUCUUUCUUCAAGAUUUAAAUAGUUGUUUUAUAAAUAAAAAAUAUAAUGUCGGACAAUGAAGAUAUCGAUUCGUGUGAUUUUACCAAUAUUUCUGAGCAGAACGUUAGCUCAGUCCCUGAACCAGAGCAAUUGGCCCUUCUUCCCCCGAACCAUCCGCUUCUUCGCAAAUUUCAAGAGUCUUUAAAGGGUCACCUAUUACGAACUAAGCACGACAUAGAAAAUGAAAUUGCGGAAAUAAAAUAUCAAGUUAAACUGAAAGAACAACGUCGAGAAGAGCAGGGGUUGUCUUUAUAUGACAUGCAACAGAAAAUGGAAUUUCAGGAAGAGCAAAUUAAUGAAUUAUCUGCUAUAAUUGAAAAGCAUUUAAAAAAUCGGGAAGUAGAAGAGUUCAAUGCAAGAAUUUUAAAAAAGGAAUACGAAGAAAAAAUUAAGCUAACUAAAUCACAAAAACAGCUUUAUCAUGAAAGAAUGGUUAAACUCGAAGAUUUGCAAAGCUUAAGUAGUAAUAUAAAAAAAUGGGCUUGCAAUGUGGAGGAUGAAGUAAAAAAUGCUAAACGCAUUGUUAGUAGAGACGCACAGCUGCAAAGCCAGCUAUCCCAAGAAAAACUAAAUUCAGAUAUACUUUUUUUCCGGCUAGAUAUGGAAGUUAAAAAGAGAGAGAAAGAGUUAAUUUUGAUUUGUGAGGAAGAAGCUGAAAUGAAAGAGGUGGUAAAUAUUCUAAAUAUGAGCAUAGCGAAUGCUAAUACAGACUUGGAAGUUUUGCAAAAUGAACAUAAGCGUCUUACACAAGCAUGGAGCGAGGUUAUCAUUGCCAUUCAGUUGAGAGACAAUAUUUUAUUUCAUGUUCAAGAUACUGUAAGAAAACACAGGGAAUCAAUAAAAUUAAAUUUGGCCGGAAUCGAAGCAAUUAAAAAACAGAUUGAAAAGGAAAUGGAACUUAAUAAAAAACUUGAGUCAUUCAAGCUACGACUGGCCGAUGAUACUAAUUCAUUGAGACGAGACUGUGAGGAUGAAAACGAAACGCUUCUCAGGCUGCAAGGAAAACUUGAUGAACUUCCAGAGUUCUUAAAUACUAUGGAAAACGAUCUGCAAGACGCAAUAAGAGAGGGAACGCGACUUGUCUCCGAAAUUCGUAAGCUAGACUACACGCUAGAUAAAUAUCAGACAAAAAAGUUUCGCUGUGAGGACACCAUUUUAAAGUUGGCGCAGGAUCACUUAAUUACCGACAAAGCAACUGCGUACCGUUUGAAACUAUUAAAAAAAUCUCAGGAACGACGUCGUAAUGUUGACUUAUCAUUAUCAAAAGUUCAAAAUCAGUUGGCAUCAUCAAUGCUUGAGGUCGAAAAACUUAGAUGUGUCGUCUUUAAUGCAAGAACAUUUAAUGAUAGUAUAACUAAAAAAUUGAAAAGUUCUGAAGAUAAAUCAUGUACACUGGAAAAUGAUUUGAAAAAGAUGCACAUUCAAAUAGAAAUUAAAAUGAAAUUGUUCGAAAAAGUGAGCAACAAAAUGGAACAGAUUCAAAAAUUAUUGGGAGAUGCAUCUGGUAAUCCUACUAAUGUGAAGAUCAAACAAUUAGAAAAAACUAUUCACACAGGAGAGCUGCAAAUUCGUGAGCAUCAACAGUUUUGGAUAAUGCUGCAGAACCAUUUUGUUAAUCUGUCUCAAAAAAGAACUGACCAGUUAAACGAAAUUCAAGUUACUCGAAAACAGCUCUCAAUUAUUAAUCAAAAAUCACUUAAAAUUGAUCAAGAGUUGGAAUUAUCACAAGGAAAAUCUAAGGACUUAGCGCUAUUUAUUAAAAAAUUUACAUCAAAACUGGAACUACUUAAUGAAAAAAUAUAUAAGAAAAGGAUUCACCAUGAUUUGGAGGAAACUGAAUUUGAGCACGAGCAGACUGAGCAAACCCAAAAACUUAAGGCUGCAGAGCUUGGCGUAUUAAAGUUGGAAGGAACAAUUAAUGAGCUGCAAAACGAAAUUGAACAUCAAAAAGAUUUGGUUGUAGAUAACCAUAGAGAAACAUUAUCGUGGGAAACUAAAUAUAAAUUACUCGAGGAAACUAUUCAAUGGUCAAAAUUGGAGCGAUCUCUAAAGGGUGAAAUCGGUUUGAUGAAAACUGAAAUACAUCGCAUGAAUAUAAGAUAUGGUCAACUAAAGAGAGCACAGGAAAGUCUUGUUCUAGAUUUAGAACAUUGUGUUAUGCACAGGGAACAAAUUUUUGUCAAUGCAUCAGUCAAAGAGCAUUUGCAAAAUAAAAUUAAAAAAAUAAAAAAUACUUCUCAGAUUCAGGUCAGACUUGAUGAAGUACAUAAUAGAAAAAAACUAAUAAGUAAUGAAAUAAAGUUUUUAUCAGAAAAACAUUUAAUCGAUAAUGUCAAUAAAAUUGAACGCAUGAUUUAUAUGCUACGCAGAAUUCAAACGGAUCUUAAUGAAAUUACAAAGGAUGAUGCUAACAUUCAAGACCGAAUCGAAGAAGGAAUUUUAGCAAAACAUGCCAAUUUGGAGCAAAUUAUAAGGAAACAGAUGAGAGCAAAAGCUUAUCAAAGACUUAAUUUAUUAAAAUCACAGCAGAAAAUAGUUCGAUCUGAGGUGAUAGUUCAACAGACCUCACUAAAGCAAAGCGAGCUUAAUGACAGUCUAACGGAAAUAGCCCAAAAUCUAUUAUUAAAUUUUCCUGAUAACAAAACUUUUUUUACAAAAGUACUUCAUGUUUUAAAAGACUAACGCUUUAAAAAAAUAGUUGUAUUCCUUAUAAGUUUAAAAGCUACGUCAUUAACAAGUUUAAAUAUAGUACUACUGGGAAAUAUUCACUGAAUAAAAUAUAAGCAAGGUAAAACUCUACAGUCGUUACUCUGUUGACCAAUUUCAAAAUAAAUAUACCACCAGAU